ACCACCAUAACCCAAACGUCCUUUUUUUUCACCUUGUUAAAAGGCUUGCAUGAGAGAUCUGUUUGUAAACGGACUGCAGAUUAUCCACAAUGACGGCAAACGAUAACUCUGACCAAGAGGGUCUCUGGAAAGCCAACACUUUUCUCGAGGAACUGCCAGACGACAUCCGGCCCUUCCGAGACCUACUGGAGACGUAUAGCAAGAUACCUCCCGAUGAAGUUGACAAUCAUCUCUAUAAAAUCCGCGAUAAAGCCUGGGACAUCGCCCACUACCCCUGCAUCGGCCGCUGGUCCUUCACCAACCUGAAGCUGCUCCAAGGCCCAACCUUCCAGGCCGUUAUUGCGCGGCUAAAGGCCCCCGACUCCCAGGAUGCCCUUCUCGACGUCGCCUGCUGCGUGGGGCAGGUAUCGCGCAAGCUGGCCGCAGACGGGGUCGACCCUGCGCGGCUGUACAGCACCGACCUCGUCCCGGCCUUCAUCGACAUCGGCUUCGAACUGUUUCGCGACCGCGACCGCUUCCCGCCGGGCGCCUUCGUCGCCGCCGACCUGCUCAAGCCAGAUGAUGCCGGCGCGGCAGCGCUCGACGGCAAGGUGACGCUGGUGCACGCGUCCAACUUCUUCCACCUGUUCCCCUGGGAGCAGCAGGUCCAGGCCGCGGUGCGGAUGGUGCGCUUCCUGAAGGCCGGGACCACGGACGCGGCCAUCUUCGGGGCGCAGAUCGGCUGUCCCCAGCCGGGCGAGAUCAAGGCGUUGAUGGGGGCGGGCACGCGGUUUGCGCAUGACCCGGAGUCGCUUCAGAAGAUGUGGGACGAGGUGGGCGAGAGGACGGGCACGAAAUGGAGAGUCGAGGCUGGAUGGGUUGGGGAGCUGCCUUUCCAGAUCCCCGGGUUUCCCGAAGAGAUCCGGUAUCUAAAGUUUGCAGUCUAUCAGGCAUGAAGUCUGUAAUCGGGACGGCAUAAUUAGGAGCAAGAUAGGUAGUUAUUAAUUAGGAAUAGAAGGCUCUAUCAA